CUGUCAUGCGCUACGCCGUUCUCGUCACUGGGCCAGCCGGCGCCGGAAAGACGACGUUCUCAAACUCGUUCAUUACCCAUUUGACUGCGUCUAAACGUACGGCACACCUUGUCAACCUCGACCCUGCCGUGAAUCCUGCUAGCUUCGAGUAUGAGCCUGCGAUCGACAUUAAGGACCUUGUCAGCCUUGAAGAUGUCAUGUCUGAGCUGAAUUAUGGUCCAAACGGCGGUCUCGUAUACUGCUUUGAGUACCUGCUCGAGAAUAUGGACUGGCUCGACGAGGAACUGGGCGGCUAUGAUGACGACUACCUCAUCUUCGAUUGCCCUGGUCAAAUCGAACUUUAUACGCACCAUCCCUUUCUGCCGACGCUCGUCAAGCAUCUCCAGCAAAUGGGCAUACGGACAAGUGCUGUCUACCUGAUCGAGUCGCAAUUCAUGGAAGAUAAGUACAAGUUCUUCAGCGGUGUGCUGUCGGCUAUGUCGGCCAUGGUCAACCUGGAAAUCCCUUGGAUCAACAUCAUGUCCAAAAUGGACCUGGUUACAAGCCAACAUAAGAAGAAUGAGGAGGGCUUUGAGGAGCCCAGAAAUGGUCUGCGCGUUCGCAGAGACAUUGCACGAUACCUUGACCCUGACCCCAUGCUACUUGCCUCGCGGCGAGGGCUUGAGGGUAAAACUGAGAACCCCAAGUUCCACGCCCUGAACCAGGCCAUAGUGCAACUUAUCGAGGAACAUCCGCUAGUGUCCUUCCUCCCCCUUGACCUGACGGACACGGAAUCCCUUGAAAUGGUUGUAUCGCACAUCGAUCAUACAAUGCAGUAUGGGGAAGACGAAGAACCGAAAGAGCCCCACGACUUGGACGAGGGCGAUUUCGCAGAGCUCGAGUGAGGCGUAGUCGGCCAGGAAGUACCCUGAAAGAUAUGUACCAUAGCGCGUGUACUAUAGAAGACGGGAAUGCUGUGUGGCAUUACGCUUCACGGCUAUAUUGUGGGCGUGCGGUCGACUGUCGGCUACACGUGUAGCGCUAAUAUACAG